AUGUCUGAUGAGACGGGACACGCUACAAACACGCCCAUAAUGUCUCACGAAAGUGGAACAAAGAACUGUAUACUGGGUGCGAUUUUCAUAUUGUUCGGAGUAAUUGUGCAGAUAGCUUACUUUCUCGAAUUUCUCGUAAUGGCUAGAAAGCAGAAUCGUCGUCUUUCUUGCUACAAAAUCAUGAUAUCUUUAGGGAUAUAUGAUAUAGGCAGUAUGUGGAUCAAUUCCAUGCUUACCGGUUAUUUUUGGAUGACUGGAGCAAACUACUGCACAAAUCCAAAUUUGAUAUACAUUUCUGGUUCUCUCGCAUUAGUGUUGAAAGUUGUGAUUAAAAUGGCUGUAUUCUGCAGCCUUUUGGUGUGCUUCUUGUAUGAAUUGUUUCAUACUGGUGAUCUUCCGCAUACUGGAGCUGUGCAACAAACCUUUGAUGGAAUGGCUAUUCAUGGAAUCAAGAACGUACCUCGUGUUGAUAAUUCCCUUUCUAUAUGGUCUGUACUUUUGUCUCUUCACAAAACCCCUACUUUUCAAUUCCGACUACAAAUCAUGUACUUCAAUUACUCGCAAACUACGAACAACAUAUUUGUUGUGGCAGCAACGUGUCUACUUUAUCCAGUAUUCACGAAUCCUGCUGCGAUUUUCGAAGCACAGCAGUGGAUUGUCUUGGACGCAAACAUCCGUGGGUUGCUGUGCGCUAGCAUAUGUCUUAUCAAUCUUUUGUACGCAUCUAUAUCGGUCUACUCUAAUUUUGUUCCUACACCUUCUUACUUCGUCUACAUAUCACAUAUAUGUUGGCAGCUAGGAAACGGUGCGUUUCAUUCGCUGACGCUUCCUUCACUAGCCAUUAGCACAAGAUCCUAUGCCCAUAUUGUACCUUUAGCAUUUCCGGCUUUCGUUUACCUGGUUCUCAAUCGAACUAUACGGAAAGAA